UGCACCUCAGGUUACCUUACUACCAAGGUUACCUGGAAGGACGAAGUGAUAAUCUAACAUUUGGAAGAGGGCUUUCAAUUCUUCCAGUUGCUCCUCUUGAACAGUUUAAGACGAAAUCCAGGGCGCAAUCUUGCAAAGGAAGUGGAGCUAUGGGUUGCAACAGGAAGUUCGUUGCUGGUGCAGUUGAAGGACCUAAGAGAUAGUUAAUAAUAAAACCCGAAAGAGAUUAGGAUUUGUACUACAAAAAAAAUGGCUCAAUGAUGCACGGUAACCGACCCGUUAAUCUCUGUCGAUCGGGCCCCGUUCGCGAUUAGAGAAGAUAAGUAUUUGGGAAUAAAUGUUGAAAUAAACUUGACGUCGUAUCUUGACAAACACAAUGGGAUCGGCUCGAAUCGUAUCGGAUCCACUUGAGCAGGCCAACAAAAUCCGGGGAGCAGUCCGGUAGGUAGUCAGUUGCCACUUUAACUUGAAGCCCAGCGGAUCAAGAGACAUGCGCCAGGAACACUUAAUUUGCCAGGUCUCUUUGGCCGUUUUUAUUCUCUGCGCGUGCCUGGCACCUGCAACCUGCCUGUACGAAACUACGAUCCUUAACUUCCUGGAUGAAUUCAAGAAGCGCAUGUGCCAUCCCAUUCCUAAUCUGGGGCUGCCGGCAUUAGAUCCUCUCGAGAUUAAACACGCCGAGGCGGCUGCGGAUGGAAAAUAUCUCGUCGACUUUACUGGUUCCAUCGACAACUUCCAAUUGCAUGGCCUUUCCGACUUUGAGGUUCCCGCACUCACCCUGCGACUGCUUAGAACAAGCACUAUCAAUGUCACUCUACCCCUGGCUUAUUUAAACUCCACAUACACGGCCAAGGGAUCUCUGGCGUACAUCCUGAAUCUGGCAGGCGAUGGAGAUGCCGAAGCCUCCAUCAAGGACUUUUCUGUUCUCAUCACCUUUAUUGUAAGCAAUAUAUCUCCCAUAAGAAUUCGAUCGCUGGAUAUCCAACUGCACUUGGGAGAUCUUAAGAUCCAUUUUGAUAAGUUGCUGGAGGAGGAGCGUGUCAAUGAUUUUAUCCAUGCCCUGGUGAACGAAAUGGGUGUGGAACUGCUCGGCGACAUUUGGGACUAUGGACAGGGCACAGUCAUUGACAAAGUUCAAACGGCUAUUAACAACUUUUUGGGUCAGUUCUCGCUGACGGAUAUCAUCGGGAUAAUAACUGGAGGUGGCGAAGGAGAGGAAAGUACUCCGAUAUUCGAUGGCGUGGAACCGGAUUGCAAGCCCGAAGCUAGCUCAAGAAAAUAAGACUGAAAAGGAAUUCUUUAGAUUUAGAUAUAUAGUCUAAGAUGCAAAAAUACAGCCUAGAUUGAAGAUGGUAAA